CUUAUCAUUGUCUUCUGUCCUUUGAAUUUACCAUUUCUUCAUAUUCGCCAAAACACACCUUUCUCCCUCUCUCAGUCGCUUUGUUUGGAACAACGGUACUUUGAUAUUCAUAAAUCAACAUGAGACGAAACUGCAACUUGGAACUUCGCCUUCUUCCUUCUACUUGUGCCGGCGACAGCCACGAAAUGAUGGAUUUUUUUGCUGAUCAAAGAGUACUGGAAGAAAGAAGCGAAAACCAGCAGCAACAGCUAACGAUUUUUUACAAUGGAAGAGUUUGCGUUUGUGAUGUUACAGAGCUUCAGGCAAGAGCCAUUCUAAUGCUUGCAAGCCGGGAAAGGGAUGAAACAAUAAGAACCCCGACCGGAUUAGAACCGGCGAUGCCGACGUUAAAAUCUCCGGUGAAUAGCCCAAGCAUGGCGCUUUCCAUGAAGAGAUCGCUACAACGGUUCCUCCAAAAACGACAGACGCGAAUCCAAGCUACCUCUCCUUACCAUUAUCAUAAAUAGAUCAUCAUCAAUGCUUGGGAUUUUGUGGAACCUAAGAAACUGAUCUAUCUUUCUGUUUAGCUAUUAAUGCCCAUUUCUUUUUUCCUCUAAAUUUAUGUAUGAAUUAAGCGACUAGUAGUAGCUUGAAGCCAAUUUUUUUGUUACACUAAUUUGUUGUUUCUUUUUACCGUAUUA